UCACUUCAGACAAAGAGUGUCGCUGACGUUGUGAGGUUGUGCUUCUCUUUGGAAGAUCGCACAACCAUUCACAUUUUUGUGCAUAAAAAAUAACUAGAAAAUCCACAAAAAAAAUUAAAAACAAGAAAAAAUCCCAAAAAAAUCGAAAAAAGUGAAAAAGCUAAGAAAAUUGCAAGAAAAAUUAGCUGCGUGUGCGGACUGGCGAAAUAUCUGAUUUUUCGUAUGGUAAAGUGGCAAAAAGUGAAACUGCAGUGAAAUUGUGUUCGAGCAAACUUUGAUGAACCCAGGUGGUCCCAAUUAUCAAAUGGCAUCCCUAUACGUUGGUGAUCUGCAUGCAGAUAUUACUGAAGCUAUUCUGUUUGAAAAAUUCUCAUCGGCUGGCCCGGUGCUUUCCAUCCGUGUUUGCCGUGACGUGGUCACCCGUCGUUCUCUCGGAUAUGCUUACGUCAACUUCCAACAACCAGCGGACGCUGAGCGUGCGUUGGAUACCAUGAAUUUUGAUUUGAUCAAAGGACGUCCAAUUCGUAUCAUGUGGUCACAACGUGAUCCAUCCCUUCGUAAGUCUGGAGUUGGCAAUGUUUUUAUAAAGAACUUGGAUAAGAAUAUCGACAACAAAGCUAUGUACGACACUUUUUCGGCUUUUGGCAAUAUCCUUAGCUGUAAAGUUGCCCAAGAUGAAAAGGGAAAUUCAAAAGGCUAUGGUUUUGUACAUUUCGAAACCGAGGAAUCUGCUAACACAUCCAUCGAAAAGGUGAACGGUAUGUUGCUCAAUGCCAAAAAGGUAUACGUUGGUCGAUUCAUUCCACGCAAGGAGCGUGAGAAGGAGCUGGGAGAGAAAGCUAAGUUAUUCACUAACGUGUAUGUGAAAAAUUUUGGCGAUGAGUUGAAUGACGAAACUCUCAAAGAAAUGUUCGAGAAGUACGGAACCAUUACUAGCCAUCGUGUCAUGAUUAAAGACGGUAAGAGUCGAGGAUUCGGGUUUGUUGCGUUUGAAAAUCCUGAAUCUGCCGAACAUUCUGUUCAGGAACUGAAUGGCAAAGAACUUGGUGAUGGUAAGGCUCUGUAUGUAGGUCGUGCGCAGAAGAAGAAUGAACGUCAAAUGGAGCUUAAACGCCGCUUUGAACAAUUGAAAAUGGAACGUCUCACUCGUUACCAAGGUGUCAAUCUUUACGUCAAGAAUUUGGAUGAUUCAAUUGACGACGAGCGUUUACGUAAAGAGUUUUCUCCAUUUGGCACUAUUACAUCUGCUAAGGUUAUGUUGGAAGAGGGCCGUUCAAAAGGAUUUGGAUUUGUUUGCUUUUCUGCUGCCGAGGAAGCUACCAAGGCUGUUACCGAGAUGAACGGACGUAUCGUUGGAAGCAAACCGUUGUAUGUUGCACUUGCGCAACGCAAGGAAGAUCGUAAGGCUCACUUGGCCUCGCAGUAUAUGCAACGAAUGGCCAAUAUGCGUAUGCAGCAUAUGGGGCAAAUCUUUCAACCUGGUGGUAAUGGCGGGUAUUAUGUACCAACCCUUCCACAGCCACAACGAUUCUUUUCGAAACAAGUUAGCCAAAUUCGCACAACUCCAGGAUGGUUCCGUGCAAAUGCUAAUCAGAAUGCUGUUGCUGCUAAUGCUGCAGGUGGAGCCUAUCCUGCUAUGGCAGCAGCUACCGCAGGUAAUCAGUACCGCCAGGCAACUAACGUUCGCGCUAAUCAACAGCAAGCUCCGAAUGCCCAAGCAGCUCAAGCUGCCUCUGCUGCAGCUAUGCGCAACUCUGCUCGUCCAAUCACUGGACAACAGGCUGGAGGUAAUAUGCAAGCACGCCCUGUAGCACCUCAAAUGGCAGCCAAUCAAGCUCGUGCUGCAAACUACAAGUACACACAGAAUAUGCGUAAUCCACCUACUCAGGCUGUGCCAAUGGCAGCUCAGCCAGUUGCCCAACAAGCUGUCCUUGUAAAAGGACAAGAGCCUCUCACUGCAUCUAUGCUGGCUGCAGCUCAACCUGCUGAACAAAAGCAGAUGCUUGGUGAGCGUCUGUUCCCCUUAAUCGAGCCAAUGUAUCCCUCGAUUGCUGGUAAAAUCACUGGAAUGUUGUUGGAGAUCGACAACUCGGAGUUGGUUCACAUGUUGGAACAUAGCGAAUCGCUUAAGGCCAAGGUUGAUGAAGCCGUUGCUGUACUGCACGCUCAUCAACAGAAAACUCAACAGCAGUAAAACGUACACGGAUUUAUCGUUUUGUCAUCACAUGCUUAAUCAUUCAACGUAAGCAAAGCAUGUGCAUUCAAUAUUGCAUUAAAUAUUCUUACAUAUAAUAAGCUUCCGGUAAGAACUCAAUUUUAUUUUCCGACUUCAGAGAAAAUGGUCAAAAAGAUGGUAGGGGAAAUGGAAGCAAAAUUAUCUAAUCUUCGAUUGACAGAUUGACAAAGAAAAUGUGUUUCGCUGAAAUGAUACUUCCUUUCAGUAUAUUCAAUUUUGUUGAACCAAUUCUGUAUCUGGGAGGCUAAACAUAGGCUUCUAUAAAUAUCGCAAAUCACUUUAUUAAAUGGAUACUUCAAUAAAUAUUCUUUUUCGCACUAUAAAUCUGCGUAUUAUCUACAAUUACCAUGUGCUUGAGCAAGUUAGCCGAACUUUGGAGCUAAGUUAUUAUGCUCCAUUAUUCAUAUUUUUCUUUUUCGAUUUUGGAAACAAAACAUUCAAGUGAAAUAUACAAAUAUAAAAGUUAAAAAAAUAAAAAAAUAGAAAAUAUAUAAAAUAAUAAAAAGAAACGAAAAUAUAAAAUAAUAAAAAUAAACAAAAACAAAAAAAAAGUAAAAUCAUUGUUUGCCUUCAGCAGUGCAUUGCAGCGUAUAAGUUUUGCGAAAGAAUAUCGUAAAAAAUACUUGCGCAAUUGCACUACAAGAGCAAUACUUACAGGAAACAAGUAUAAGGAAUACAAUUAUCUCUAUACACGAAAAUCCAAAAAAAAAAUGUGUAAAGAGAGUGCAGCAGAUGCAAGUAAGAAGUAACACCUCAAACACCCAUAUGAUCACAACAGAUGCGACAGUCUUGAAGAAAAGAAAAAAAUAUUAAAAUUCUCUGAGAUCACAAAAAAAACUGCAAAACUAAAUAAGAAAAAGGUAAACAAAAAAUGAAAUGAUCAGAUCGUGGUUUAAAAAUUGAAUUAUCUCGUAAAUUAAGAGAUGUGUGACAAUUUCCUUUUGAAAGGAGGGGUACUUACCCAUUUGAGUUACAUUCUAGGUUUCCUUAUAUGAAAUACUAUCUGAUUUUCUUGAUAUGCACAGUGUCAGUGUUAUCAAAAUUUGAAGAAAACAAUAUAAACUGUGCUUGGUUAGAUAAAUGCCCAUCAUAUCUAAUUGAAAUGAGUGAAAAAAUUUAAAACUUAGCCAAAUGAUUUUUAACAUCAUAUAAGUAAGUAAAUUUCCAACAAAACGUACCAUGCUUUUCAUUUACAUUCGGAAAUAAGCGUACACAACACAGUAUAUGGCAUGUAACUAAAAAAUACCACCUCUAUUCGCUAGAUGUGUUGCGUAUUGUGAGAAACUAUCUUGCUGUAAUGUGUAAUAGGUAAACGACAGGUAUUGCCGGCAAGCGACGGAAUUAUUUUUUCUUUAUCUUGGAAUUGCGUCUCGACACUAUCUACAAAAAAGGCAAUCUUAUCGUUGAUUUAAUCUUCAAUGUAAAAAUCGUUCUAGAACGUUAUAACGCAAAUUAUUGAGUGAACACAAAUGUUUGCAGUAGAAUUUUGGCAAAAUUGUUAUCUUCAAUUUUUGAGGCUGUACUGAGAGUGCCGGGAAUACCGGUCAACAUCCUAUGCAAAAAUCAUUCGGUUAAAUUUACAAGUUGUUUUUUAUUUUCAUAAUGUUCUUUCUAUUUAGCUUCUUGUAUUUUUUAAUGUUGUAUUUAAACAAAGUUCCAUAUGAUCAUUUCUAUGGUCAGGUUAUAACAUUAAUUUCAAUUUUGAACUAGUUUCCAUCAAACGAGAGCAUCUACCGUAGAGAUUUUUACAGGUACCUAAACUACAAGUGUUAGUAAGCAAUUUAUUAGACACUGGCUUAUUUUCUUUCUGACUAUUCAAAUGUUUUGUUUAUUUCAAAAUUGAAUUUUAUCUAUUAAUUAUGCAAAAUAUUAUUCAGAUACACAUAUAAAAUGAAGAAUGUAUGUGCAGAUUUGCUACAUACUAAAAGGCUUUCAUUGAUUAUCGACUAAUACGACACAGGAUUGUACACAAAAUUUGAUAAAAUUGCAUUAUUUACAAGAUAAAAACACGUGAAAUUACAUAUAUUGAAAGAAUACAUCAUAGCGUAUGUGUAUAAUUCAAAAUAAAUAAUAGGCUUUCAGUUAAAAUAUUUCAAAAUUCAAUAAAAUUCACUUCCGUAAAA